AAUGUAUUUCACUACCAGUGGUAACAAAGCAAUAGUGCACAGCAGCAAUUGCGGUAGUGUUCAGAGUAAAGGCUAGACAGUGUCGAAUUUGGCCAGGGGUGUUUCGGAAUGUAACCCGGCGAGUCACUUUUGACAUACUCGCAAAUAAGUCAAUAGUAGCAUACAAAAAAAGAAAUGAGAGGAACUGGACCCAAACAAAGUCAUGGAAACGGACAUGGAUUUAGACACGAAUAUCUUUAAUGCCCACUAGCCUACGGUGGAAACAUGGCUUCACGUGGUAAAUCAGAAACUGGUAAACUGAAACAAAACAUGGAGGAGCAGCUGGACAGAUUGAUGCAACAGCUCCAAGAUUUGGAAGAGUGCAGAGAAGACCUAGAUGAGGAAGAGUAUGAGGAGACAAAGAAAGAAACCCUGGAACAGUUGAGUGAGUUCAACGAGUCUCUAAAGAAGAUGGUGACAGGCAACAUGACGCUGGUCGACGAGCUUGGAGGAAUGCAACUGGCAAUCCAGGCUGCCAUUAGCCAAGCAUUCAAGACCCCCGAGGUGAUACGAAUGUUUGCCAAGAAGCAGCCGGGGCAGUUGAGAACCAGAUUAGCAGAGAUGGACCGUGAUGUCAUGGUGGGAAAACUUUUGAAGGAUGUGUACACUCAACAAAAGGUGGAGAUAUUUACAGCCUUGAGAAAACUGGGUGAGAAGCUAACACCCGAAGACGAGGCUUUUCUGGCUGAAAAUAUGACCACUACUCUCAGCCAGUUUGAAAAAGUAACUGCAGACCUAGGGUCAGAAGACAAAAUAAUGGCUUUAGCUAGUUCUGGUGUGGAGAAAACAAAGGCGUAAAGAGGAAUAGGGUGUAAUCCAAUGUCCAGAAUUGUGUUUUUAACAUUGUCUUUAAACCUAAUAAAAUUACAGUGCCAUCCUGUCAUUAGCCAGACUUCAGUGUAACUGGUGACAGAUUUUUCUGUAAGUAUUCUAAAAUCUGCAUGAAAAUGCACAUGUUGCUAAUAAUGGUGUUUUCCCUCAAAACGGACUAUUUGCAGAUAAAAAGAAGUGUGUAAUAUAAUGCACAUACAUAACUUUUUUGCAUGCAUUUUCAUGAAUAAAUACCUUAAGUUCAAUAUGUUUCCAUUUUAUGUUCACACUACUGAGUUUUGUCACAAAUAUGCCCACUUUCGCUAACAGCUUACUAAUACAAUGUGAGUUGGCCACCAUAGGUAAAAGAAUAUUCACUGCCAUUUCUACCAUAAUUCAUUGUACAUGGACAAUGUUCUGUCAACACAUUCUGUCUGUAUUAGUUAUAUUUAAUAACUCGUUUCCAUUAAACCUGUUUUGAUACAUAAAUGGUUUGUUAUAACAAUCUUGAUUUAAAAACUGGAUGGAAAUUUGGUGAGUAAUAAUCUAACCAAUAAUGCACUCAGAUGGUACUUGCUUUUUAAGAUGGUUUUAUACCCUUAAACAUUGUACAUUUUAUUUUACAUAUGAUUGUUAAACAUGAUGUAAAUUUGGUACUAGUGUGUUAAGUAAACUAUUGUUUAGAAUCUGAAUAAUCCUUUUUGUACUGACAGUCUUUGAGUCCUUUUAUUUUGUAAAAAACAAAGUGUAUUUUGAAUUGUUUAAAUUCAGUUUUCAUGCAGAUUGUCUUCAUUGCUAAGCAAAAAAAAUCAAAAUAAAUCAGCUAUUUGAUUGAAUUGCAUUUCCAACAUAGCGGUUCACAUUUAAAUGUUUUACUAAACCAUUUCAGUGUUGUAUAUAAUGUUUUUUUUUUAUUGCAUAACAAACAAGUGGAACCACCUCUGACUCAAUCAAUGAAGAAAAUGGCAGACAGUGGACAUGUACUGUUUUUCCUUGUAUAACUGAAUUACAGAACCGAACAUUGACAUUUUGUUCUGUAUGAUAUUUUAAAACAGAAUCUAAAUCAA